AAAGAAAAAACAAACACAUUCAAGAAAAAAAGAAUCUCCGCGCGAGGAAUACUUAUAAGUAUUUCAACCUAGAAAUUGUUGCUUAGGAAUUUUUUGCGUGUGGGAGUGGCGGACCUUGAGGAGAGCCUGGGCGCUUGAGGAUCCUGCGACUCGCCUGCCUUAAAUAUGCUGUCAAUACGUCCGGCCGUUUCCUCGCCCGAACACCCCGCCGCGGUCGCCGGCCAGAUUCCCAAGAGGGAACUGCUGAACACGCUGCUGUCCCACUUGGCCGGCGGGAACAAAGGGCGAGUGGCGCUGGCAAAGGUGUUCCAGUGGAUCUACAAAGGCGGCCCCUGCAUCAAGACGGCCGUCACCUGCGCCGUGGCAAGCGAGUGGGACGAGAUAUUUCUCAGCGAUGAACAAAAGGAGAAGAUCGAAUCCGGCGCAGAUCCCGAGACGUUCGACAGGCAGCUACUCUACUUCCUGCUGGAGAAUACGUGCGGGUUGGCUGAUGCCGACGAGUGCAUGUGGACCACCCCGGGCGGCACCCUGGAGUACCUGAUACACCAGGUGGCGUUCGGACCCUCGAUCGAGAUGGGCCCGAUGGAGAGACUGGCGGACUUCGAGGAGUGCAUCGCCCGGAUGCUGUGGAAGGCUGGCCACCUUUCCGGGAAGGACCCGCACCUCGUGGAAGCGCUGCUGACGGAGAUCAAGCAAUACUUCGACCAAGUGAGGGGCAUUAUCGAGUCGGAGCCGGAGUCUGUGCCACAAUCCAUUGUCACUCAAAUUGUCGACAUUUUGUCAAACAAAGACACUCCGUCAACAGACGGGGAUGAAGGCAUUUUGGUUGACUAUUUGCUCUGCCUUGUGGAAGAAUCGAAGCAAGACAAAAAGGUGAUUGACUUGGUCGUUCAGAUAAUGAAGAAGUGCGAUCAGUGGACCAUUACUGGCGACAUGAUAAACGGUCUCGGCCUACUGCUGGACCAGGUGGUUCCCGAGAGGAUGAAUUUGUGGUUCGACUCGAACCCCUCGCCCAGCCGCGUGCAGCCAGCGCUGGAGGACCUGGCGAAGCGGAGCGUGGAGGUGGACCUGUACACCUCCUCGCGCUCAGGUGAAGGCGCCUCGUACCUCAAGGCUCUGACGGGGCCCGGCAGUCUCUGCAAGGUGACGAGCUGUCAAGGCUUUGUAUCGGGUUCCACGGCCGAGCACCUGCCGGCGUCCGUGACGUCGCUCACGAUCUCGACGGACUUCCAGAGCCUGCAGGCGCUGGCGGCGGCGCUCGCCCGGCUGGAGGACCUCGACUGGUUCUCUCUGGGUUUGACCGACGACGCGCGCCCCGACCCCGAGACGCUGCCACCCCUGCCUGGCCCGUUCAUGUACAUCGACUCCCCUCGCAACCUGAGCUCCGAGGACGUGCCAUGGUGGUGCCACGCCGCCCGCCAGCUGUGCCCGCCCUCGAGCCAAAGGCGCUACUCGUACAUGGGGGUUAGUCUCAUCAAAGGAGGGGACUCCGAGCUGCUGAUCCGGCAGCUGCACGAGCGGGGCGUGUGGGCCGAGGAUCUCCUGGUGACCUUCAGCACAUCCGACGUGGCGAUCGACUGCGGGCGGCUGCAGAACUUGGCGCUGGAGCUGGCGGUGUCCGACAAUCCCAAGUUCAUCAUAGAUUUCUGAUGUGCUUCAUGACAUUUAUUUCUCCGCUCAUUCUCCGUGCUGCUGUAUGCAUGAACAGAAAAUUUCCUGAACCUUCGGCC